AUGAGGUCUCUGAUCUUUAUUCUGCUUCUGGGAGCCGCUGUGGCUCAGGAGGAUGAUAAGAUUGUUGGAGGGUAUGAGUGUCAGCCUCACUCCCAGCCCUGGCAGGUGUCUCUGAACUCUGGGUACCACUUCUGCGGUGGCUCCCUGGUGAACGAGAACUGGGUGGUGUCCGCUGCUCACUGCUACAAAUCCCGUGUGCAGGUGCGCUUGGGCGAGCACCACAUCAAGAUGACCGAGGGCACCGAGCAGUUCAUCUCCUCCUCCAAAGUCAUCCGCCACCCCGACUACGACUCCUGGACCAUCGACAACGACAUCAUGCUGAUCAAGCUGAGCGAGCCCGUCACCCUCGACGAAUUCGUGCAGCCCGUGGCCCUGGCCAGCAGCUGUGCCCCCGCCGGCACCAUGUGCACCGUCUCUGGCUGGGGUGACACCAUGAGCUCCAGUGAUAAAUAUCCAGAUCCAGGCACCAAGCUGCAGUGUCUGGAUGUCCCCAUCCUGUCAGACAGCGACUGUGAGAACUCCUACCCUGGCAUGAUCACCCCCGCCAUGUUCUGCGCUGGAUACCUGGAGGGAGGCAAGGACUCCUGCCAGGGUGACUCUGGUGGCCCCGUGGUGUGCAACGGUGAGCUCCAGGGUGUCGUGUCCUGGGGAUAUGGCUGUGCUCAGAGGGACCACCCCGGUGUCUACGCCAAGGUGUGCCUGUUCAACGACUGGCUCACCAGCACCAUGGCCCGCUACUGA